GGACGUCAUGAUGGAGAAUCACCAGUCCCUCACAUCACCGGCUGAAGACGGGAUGAGCGGCUCUCAUAAACAUCUCGAUUUACCUUCCUGUCAUGGAGCAGAAGAUAACAACACCGCACAAGAUGAUUCAGUAACUCCUAAUGUACCUUCAGUCCUUCACAGCAGAGAUCUAUCCAUUGAUACCGCUGGUCACAAGAAACCUUCAUUUAAUCAAUCACUGAUUGGCAAUACAAGAAAUAAACAGAAACGUGGGAAAAUAUUUCCAUGUGAAAAACGUUUUAAAAAGAAAUCUAACCUUUCUUUGCAUGAGAGAAAUCGCAAAGGUAAAGGGUCAUUUUUAUGCUCGGAAUGUGGAAAAUCUUUUAUCAGGAAAAUCCUUCUAGUUGUACAUCAGAGAAUUCACACAGGAGAGAAGCCGUAUUCAUGCUCAGAAUGUGGAAAAUGUUUUAAUCAGAAAGCAUCUCUUGUGGGACAUUUUAGAAUUCACACAGGGGAGAAGCCAUAUUCAUGUACAGAAUGUGGAAUAUGUUUUGCCCAUAACUUAGCUCUUUUUAAUCAUCUGAGAACUCACAAAAGGGAGAAACCAUUUGUAUGUUCAGAAUGUGGAAAAUGUUUUAGUCAAAAAUCGGAUCUCAAUCGACAUCAAAGAAUUCACACAGGAGAAAAACCAUUUUUAUGUCCUGAAUGUGGGAAAUGUUUUACUCGGAAAUCAUCUCUUGUGGAACAUCUAAGAAUUCACACAGGAGAGAAGCCGUUUUCAUGCUCAGAAUGUGGAAAAUGUUAUACCUAUCGAUUUGCUCUUCUUAAUCAUCAGAGAAAUCACAAAAGAGAAAAGCCAUAUUCAUGCUCAGAAUGUUUAAAAACUUUUAGUCAAAAAUCGCAUCUUGAUAGACAUCAGAAAACUCACAAAAGAGAGAAGCCAUUUUCGUGUUCAAAAUGUGGGAAAUGUUUUAGUCAAAAUUCAAAUCUGAAUAGACAUCAGAGAACUCACACAGGAGAGAAACAGUUUCCAUGUCCUGAAUGUGGGAAGUGUUUUAGUCAGAAAUCAUAUCUUAGGGAACACCUAAGAACUCACACAGGGGAGAAGCCCUUUUCAUGUCCUCAGUGUGAGAAAUGUUUUCGUCAGAAAUCCAAUCUUGUGGAACAUCUAAGAAUUCACACAGGAGAGAAGCCGUUUUCAUGCUCAGAAUGUGGAAUCUGUUUUGCCCAUAAAAGAGGUUUGCUUCAUCACUGGAGAACUCACACAGGAGAGACGUUUUCAUGCUCAGAAUGUGGGAAAUGUUUUAGCCUGAGAUCGGGUCUUGUUAGACAUCAGAGAACUCACACAGGAGAGAAACCUUUGUAAUGUUCAUAUUGUAAAAAUUUGGCAGGUGUGGAGCUUCAUUGUAGGACCUGCUGUCUAACAAUGCCUUCAGAUGUAUAUAUAACAUUAUAUUCAUACACCAUGUUAAAUACCAUACAGUAUAACAAAAAAUAUACAAGUCACGCGUCCCCUUCUAAAAGACCCUUAAUCAGUCAGUUGAUCAGUCACAUUUAUGUAAUAGUAGCCAUUAUGUUUUCAUCAUAGUAGGAACGUAUACAGAAGUUAUGGAGUAACUGUUAUAUCAGUGGGUGUCCUUCCGCUGGGACUCCCACCAAUCAUAAGAACAGCAGCCUUGUACCCCGCAGGGCCCUGAUAUGAAUGAAGCUACAGCUAUGUCCAGUUAUGGUUAACCCCUUAAUGAUUAGAUAAAUUUUCAUUUUUGUAUAUUUGUUUUUUCCUUCUCCAUAACAUACAUUUCUUCUCAGUCACAUGAGGACUUAUUUUUGCAGGACAAGUUAUACUUUGUAACUGCACUAUUUAAUUUAUCAUAUUUCCUAUUGGAAAAUGAAAAACAAAAUUCUUUGUGGUGUGAAAAAAAAAAUUAUGACAUAGUUUCUUGGGUAUUGUUUUUAUGGCGUUCACUGUGCACUAAAAAUGAAAAGACGACCUUAUUCUGCUGUUUGGUACGAUUAUGGCAUUACAAAACUUAUAUA